GGUAGGGACUUAAGUCAUCCUGUGUGCCAGACCGCCUAGGUGCUGCAGCUCCAGGAGCAGAGGAGCUGUCAUCUGCUUCCCCCCUCCCCCCGUGGGUCUGAUGCCCUUGGCGACUUCCUAAGAGCAACAGGGGCCCUCAUUUCUUUACAGGGGGCUGUGCCCCCGGGCUCUCCACGCAGUUGCAGAGAGCCAGGACCCGAAUAUUUAAAUCACGAUGGCGUUAAACACGUUUUAAUAUCUGAUAGGGCCAGUUUCUGCGCAUUGCACAUUUUUUUUUCCUUUGAGGAACAUGUUUGGGCCCGCGGCAGGGGGCGGGGUCGCGCCUCCGCCUCGGCUCCGGUUCCAGCAGAGCCUCAGCGACACAGAGAUGGAAAUCCCGAGGCUGCUGCUGGCUCGCCGGACGGCGCAGGGCGGCGGCGGCGGCGGCGGCAGCCCCGCGGGCGGCGGCGGCGGGGUCCACCCAGGCCCCAACUCGCCGGCUUGUCAGGCCCCGGCGCGCCGCCUCCUUCUGCUCCGGGGGGCCCAAGAUGGCGCGGCCAGGCCGCGGAGCGAGGAGGCCCACAGGGCCUCGCGGGGCCCUGGCCCGAGCCCGAGCCCGAGCCCGCUGGCGCCCAGGCCGGAUCUUGCGAUCGGCGGCGGAGGCGACGACUUUUUCCUGUUGCUGCUCGACCCGGUGGGUGGCGACGUGGAAAGCGCGGGCGCGGAGCAGGCCGGAGGGCCGGUGCGGAGGGAGGAGGCCGAGGCGGGCCUGGGGCCCCAGCGGGGCGAGAGCGGCGCGCGGCCCGCCGGCCGCCCCGCGCUAGCCCCCCGCCGGCUGUCGGCCGUGGCGGCGGCCCCGGUGCCCGUGUCGGUGCCCGUGCCGGUGCCGGUGCCCGUGCCCGUGUCGGUGCCGGUGGCGGGCCCCGUGCCGGGCCUGAGCCCCGCGCCGGGCCCCGCGGCGGCCUUCGCGGGCACCAUCACCAUCCACAACCAGGACCUGCUGCUGCGCUUCGAGAAUGGAGUCCUGACCCUGACCACGCCCCCGCUGCCCGCCUGGGAGCCCGGGGUCGCGCCUUUCCCGCAGCCGCAGCCUGGGAGUCCGGCCGCCCCGCCGGCCGGCUUCCCGCACGCCGCUGCGCAGCUGGGCGACUGCCCCGAGCUGCCGCCCGACCUCCUGCUGGCCGAGCCGGCCGAGCCCGCGUCGGCGCCCGCGCCGGCGCCCGAGGAGGAGGCGGAGGGCCCGGCCGCGGCCGCCCAGAGCCCCCGCGGGCCGCUGGUGCCCGGCCACCCGGGCGUGGUGCUGUACCUGUGCCCCGAAGCGCAGUGCGGACAGACGUUCGCCAAGAAGCACCAGCUGAAGGUGCACCUGCUGACGCACAGCAGCAGCCAGGGCCAGCGGCCCUUCAAGUGCCCCCUGGGCGGCUGCGGCUGGACCUUCACCACGUCCUACAAGCUCAAGCGGCACCUGCAGUCGCACGACAAGCUGCGGCCCUUUGGCUGCCCGGUCGAGGGCUGCGGCAAGAGCUUCACCACCGUGUACAACCUCAAGGCGCACAUGAAGGGCCACGAGCAGGAGAACUCGUUCAAGUGUGAGGUGUGCGAGGAGACCUUCCCCACGCAGGCCAAGCUCAGCACCCACCAGCGCAGCCACUUCGAGCCCGAGAGGCCCUACCAAUGCGCCUUCUCGGGCUGCAAGAAGACCUUCAUCACCGUCAGCGCCCUGUUCUCCCACAACCGCGCCCAUUUCAGGGAGCAGGAGCUCUUCGCCUGCUCCUUCCCGGGCUGCAGCAAGCAGUACGACAAGGCUUGCCGCCUGAAAAUCCACCUGCGCAGCCACACGGGCGAGAGGCCCUUCCUCUGCGACUUCGACGGCUGCGGCUGGAACUUCACCAGCAUGUCCAAGCUCCUGCGGCACAAGAGGAAGCAUGAGGACGACCGCAGGUUCACCUGCCCCGUGGAGGGCUGCGGCAAGUCCUUCACCAGGGCCGAGCACCUCAAAGGCCACAGCAUCACCCACCUGGGCACCAAGCCCUUCGUGUGUCCCGUGGAAGGCUGCUGCGCCAGGUUCUCGGCCCGCAGCAGCCUCUACAUCCACUCCAAGAAGCACCUGCAGGACGUGGACACGUGGAAGAGCCGCUGCCCUGUGUCCACCUGUAACAAACUCUUCACCUCCAAGCACAGCAUGAAGACCCACAUGGCCAAGAGGCACAACCUGGGCCAGGAUCUCCUGGCGAAGCUCGAGGCGGCCAAUUCCCUCACGCCCAGCAGCGAGCUGACCAGCCAGGGUCACAGUGACCUCAGCGGGCCCGAGAUAGCGUCUCUCUUCUCCGAUGUGCCUGGCGCCGGCUCUGCCUCUGCUGUGCUGGACACGGCCUUGGUCAAUUCGGGCAUCCUGACGAUCGACGUGGCUUCCGUGAGCUCCACUCUGGCCGGGAGCCUCCCGGCCAGCAGUCCAGACGCCCUGGGGCCCGCUGUGGACGCCCGGGCCCUGAGGGCCGCCAGCGACCUGCCCCAGAGCCUAGACACCUCCCUCUUCUUCGGAACCACGGCCUCUGGCUUUCAGCAGAGCCCCCUGGAUCUGGAAGAUGUCUCCAAUGGGAGCGUGGGGCCCCUGGGCUCCCUCAGCUGUCUGGCCAUGAAGAGUGCAAGUCCGGAGCCCCAGGCUCUGACCCCCAGCAGCAAGUUGACAGCGGACACGGAGGCCCUGACUCCUUCCAGCACCCUCUGUGAAAACAGUGUCUCAGAACUCCUGACUCCCGCCAAAGCCGACUGGCACGUGCAUCCCGACUCGGACUUCUUCGCGCAGGAGGAAGACAGCCAGUUUGGCUUCACCAAUCCCACGGGAAACCACGGCUGUCACAAAGAGACAGAUCUGAUCGCAGUGGCGGGCAGCUCCUUUUUGGUUUCUCUGAGACUGUGAAGCCAGCCUAUGCUUUCCUGAGAAUCUGGUAAUGGGGCAGAGACUAUUCCUUUCUGUGAUCUGGAAUGCUCAUUGUUUAUAGCUUUCCACAGUUGAAGAAAAGGAAAGUUUGUAUCUGCAUAUUGUGUUAACUCUAUCGAGUGUAGCAUUUGUCAUUUGUGAAAUAUUUUUAUAACUUGUAUUUUAUUUGUUGUUCAGACCAACCCUGUGAAGUAGUUUUGGCAAUGUCUGUGUUUCUUAUUAUAAUCUAGCCAACUCAAACUCCAACUGGGUUUUGACUGGCUGACAAUUCUAUGUAUAGCUUCAAACGUGGAAGACAAACUCUUUUUACUUCUCCUGUCCAUGAUUUUCAUGAUUCAUUACUGAAUCAUAAUUACUUGUUGCUGUCACAUUAAUUAGUCUGUUACUUUCUCUUUAGGAUACUCCCUUGUAUGUGCAUUUCAGUCCUUGUCAUGCAUUUGCUUUUUUAAUUUUUUUAAUGGAUAGAUUUCUUUCCUGUCACAAUCCCUCAGACAUUCUUCUCAUGGAACAAUUUCUUCUGAUAUUAACAUUUGCUGAGUGUACACUGCACUUCUGUGUGUAGAGUAAGAAGUUAUAUUCUGACCUUAGAUAUUACUAUGUAUAUAUAUAUGAUUCAGAUCAUAAAGGAGAUUAUUUUCUAUGCUGUUCAGAUGAAAAGUGGUUUUUGGUUAAUUAUUUCCAUUUUUAAGAAGAUUUUGCCAGGGAGUUCUUCUAAUACUUUUUUAUUUGCUCUAAAGUACUAGUUCAGUAGUAUUUGCAUGUAGAUAUCCGUGGAUGAGAGUUGUAGCACUUUUGAAGUGUGCUAAAAAUUUGCCACUAUUAAAUGUUUCUGUAUUGAGUGUGGUGGUAUACAACCAUACCCUACAGACUCAUAUCUAUUUAGAAAUUGUUGUAUUCAUUCAAUGAACAAUGAAAUGUAGAAAUACAUUUUAAAAUUAAAGAUGUACUUCAGAUUUCAUUGUGUUUACCCAUUCAACAUUUUUUCCUCUUUGCUUUGGAAAUAUUUGUACUCCUCAAAUAUAUUUAAAAAUGUUAUUAAUUAAUUCCUCUUAAUAGAGCACUAUUUUUUGUGUCUAGUAAAUAUGUAUGUCAAGGAUUGAAAUGAAUACACAUGUCUGGAAAAUCAAAUAAAUUUAUAAACAUAAAGA